AAACACCAAGAGAGAUGAGAGCCUUUCAGACAUGUGAGUGUUUGUCAGCUGUCCUCAGGGCUGUCCUCCUCACUGAGUGUCUACUGAUGGGUGUGAGAGGAGAUGGAGCAGAUUCUGAAGAAAAACUAGAAAUUAAGUACUUGUUGAUCGGAGCUGGGAUCGGCCUGUUCUUAGCUGCUGUAUUCAUUGUCGUCAAGGUCUGCAUCAUCAGGAAACAUUUGCGUGAAAACAUCACAGCCUCGCUUGCUCGCGUUGAGCCAUCUAAGCCAAUCAGAGAACCCCGCGGCAGCUGAGUCCGCUGACGUGCAGUGUUCGAGGUCAGGCGGGCGUGCAGAGCGAUGUGAACCCUGCAAAAGUGGCAUCUGGGUGUAAGGUCAACCAGGCGGCCUUUCGUCUCCUCAUGUUUUGUCACACACACAUCAACACAUUUACCUCUUGUAUCUUGUUUCUCAAUAACAUGUAUCAUCACGGUCUUCAUAAUAUAUGUCUGAAGAGAAUUUGUCACAGUGGGUUUUUAUUUGGCCGGGUGGAGUUGUGUUUUUUGAA